AUGGCGGCACCCAGUGGCGGUGUGAACUGUGAGGAGUUUGCCGAGUUCCAGGAAUUACUCAAGGUGAUGAGGCCUAUCGAUGACAGAAUAGUACAUGAAUUAAACACUACGGUUCCAACGCCUUCCUUUGCAGGGAAAAUUGAUGCCAGCCAAACCUGUAAACACCUUUAUGAGUCUUUGAUGGCAGCUCAUGACAGUAGAGACAGAGUCCAAAAAAAUUGUAUAGCCCAGACUUCAGCAGUAGUAAAAAACCUCCGAGAAGAGAGAGAAAAGAAUUUGGACGAUUUAACGUUAUUAAAGCAACUUAGAAAAGAGCAGACAAAGUUGAAACGGAUGCAGUCAGAACUGAAUGUUGAAGAAGUGGCAAAUGACAGGAGCUGGAAGGUGUUUGAUGAACGCUGCCAAAUUCACUUCAAGCUGCAAAAGAAUGAAUAA